AUGGCUCUGCUGAAGGUUCUGCUGCUGCUGGGGCUGGGCGUUUCAGUGAACUCAGAUGUUUCUCUGCAGAAGAGAAUCAUUGGAGGUCAUAACUGUGAUGUCACGGAGCGUCUCUAUCAUGUUCGGCUGGAGGGCUCCAAUGGUACUCAUAAGAGCCUGUGUGGAGGAUCUCUGAUCCACCCUAAGUGGAUCCUGACUGCAGCUCACUGCUGGAAAUCGGAGAUAGGGUGGAUUAAUAUAGCAUCGUCUAAAGUUCAUCCACGGGCUGAUAGACCGAGGAUUUCCAGAAUCUACGCCAAUCCUGUGGUUUAUGCUCCAGAAGGUUGGCGUCAUGACAUCAUAUUGCUGAAGCUUCCAAGAAUAGUAACAGAUGUCCCACUUGCUCAGCUACCAGACUGCAGUAAUCGCCCUAAAAUGGGUGAUACUGUUCAGCUGGCAGGAGAGGGAGCAACAACAACCCGCCCCAAUUAUGAGCGAUUAUCCAAUACUGCUGCUGCACCACAUCUUCAGUGUGUCGACAUGAAAGUUGUUCAGGCUUCCCAUGUCCUGCAGCCAUAUGGGCAUGUAUUCUUUACUGCAGCAGUGAACAAGGAUGUAUGUUAUGGUGAUUACGGCUCAGCAGUGGUGUUCAACGGCAAGAUUUAUGGUGUGAUUUCUCCAGGUGGAACAAACUCUGCAUGUCAGAUUGCAGUUUCUAUCGUGGAUGUGUGUGAAUACAUGGACUGGAUAAGAAAAUCAAUUCGCUAUAAAUAAUACAAACUGUCAUGAAAUAUAAUUUUCAUCCAAUUUCCUCUGAGAUAUAAUUUUAUUAUUGUAUCUUGACCAGUUUGAUCCACAUGUUUGUAGAAUUAGAAUAAAUCAAUAGUUUUGUUUUUCCUCAUAUAACCUUGAUCUCCCUAAUGGAUCUUUCUCUGUAUCAGAAAUGAACAAUGAAUCAAUAAAUGCAUGAAAAAUAAAUAUUUCCUGGCUGAUCGUC